GCGGGGCGAAUCUUUCUCGUUUCUCUCUGUCUCUCGUUCCUAUCUCCCUCGUCUCUCUGCCUCGUCGCUGCGGUGGCUCAGAGCGGCACCUGAUGUUGGGACCGGCGGCAAGCGGCGGCGCUAGGCACGAGCUAGGAUGCUGCGGGAACCGGCGGAGGUGAGCGGCACCGGCGGCGUGGGUGCAGCGGCAGGAGGCAGAGGUCGCGGUGGAUUGGAACCGACGGGCUGCGGCGAGCGUGGCGAAGGCACGAGAUCGGCGGCAGAGCCCCUCGCUCUACCCGUUCCCCUGGAAGCCCUAGCCUAGCCUGCUCGGAUUGCGCAGCUCUCUCGUUCGUUUGCUGUGCGGAAUCGAACGCCGUCGGAUCCUUCUCCUUCUCCUUCUUCCGCUUAGAGAUGGCUGUUCGGUACAACCACAAGAACUACUCGAGCUACUUGAACGACGAGCCCAUGCCUGACGCCGCAUCGGAGAAGGAACAGGGUAAUGAGUAUUUCAAGCAGAAAAAGUUUGCUGAAGCGAUCGAGUGCUACUCGAGAAGUAUUGCGCUGUCACCGACAGCGGUAGCUUUUGCAAAUCGAGCCAUGACGUAUCUUAAACUAAGGAGAUUUGAGGAGGCAGAGAAUGAUUGCACUGAAGCUCUGAAUCUGGAUGACCGUUAUGUUAAAGCAUACUCACGACGAAUUACUGCCAGAAAAGGACUUGGGAAGCUUAAGGAGGCAAUGGAUGAUGCUGAAUUUGCUGUAAGUGUUGAUGCUAACAAUCCAGAGUUGAGGAAACAGUAUUCUGAGAUAAAGGCGCUACUCAUGGAGAAAAUGGCCAAGAAAAGUUCAGUUCUAGCGAAACAUACAAUUUCUGAAUUUGAUAAAGCUGGAGAUAAAAAAGAUAUGUCCUCUCAUCCACUGAGUGAUCCGCAGAAGGACAGCUUCAUGGAAGUUGAUUCGUCUGUGAGAGCUGCAGCUGGGAUCAGAGAGUGUUCAGGUGGCGUGUCCAAAGGAGCAUCUGGUGUAGGCCUCAAAGAUAAUAAUAUGCAGCAAUCUCGAGAUGCUAAACAGAAGUCUGGGCCAGAAAUAUCAGUACAAGAUCUUGCAUCGCGUGCUGCUUCACGAUAUAUGUCCAGUACUGUAAAAAGUGUGAAGACACCAAAGACAGCUUAUGAUUUUGAGGUUUCUUGGAGAGCUAUCUCUGACGACCCUGCCCAGCAAAUACAGUUGUUGAAGUCAAUUCCACCAGCGAGCCUACCGGAAAUUUUUAAGAAUGCACUCUCAUCGGCUUUUCUGAUUGAUAUCGUGAAGUGCACAGCCUCGAUUUUCCGGGAUGAUGCAGAGUUGGCAGUUAGCAUUUUAGACAAUUUGGUGAAAGUUUCCCGCUUUGACUUGAUAAUCAUGUGCCUCUCACCAAUGCAUAAAUCUGAACUGCGGAAGAUCUGGGCUCAAACAUUCCUUGCUGAAACUGCAUCGACAGAUAAAGUCGAAGCCCUCAGGCGGCUGCAAUCCAAGUACGUUGAAGGAGGAUGGCAUCAGGAAGACAUGUUGGCUCUGAGUUAAGAUAGUGUUGUAAAGGCAGUUCAUUAGAAAUCUUUAGGAACCACUUGGGGCUGUGACCCAUAUAAGGUUCUACUUUAAGGACAUUGGGAGUACCAUAUAGUUGCUGAGUUCUUGAAGAGGUUGGCUCAAAGGCAUGUUGAUCCAGUCCCAUGGCUACUGAGUUCUAUUUGCCCUUGUGCAUCCUGAUGGUAUGAAUUCCUGACGUUGAAUCCUGAUCCUGCAGCAGCACUUUGUUUU